AGUGCACAGCACAGCGGAGGCCACAAGAGCGCCAGGAUGUCGCUCGGGAUGAGCCCAGCCUCCCUGCUGCUUCUGCUCCUCUGUCUACACGGCGCCCUGGCCCUGAAGCUCUGUUCCUUCAACGUCAGGUCCUUCGGGUACAGCAAGCGGGAAAACCGCCAGGCCAUGGAUGUCAUUGUCAAGAUCAUCAAACGCUGCGACAUCAUACUCCUGAUGGAAAUCAAGGACAGCAACAACAUGAUCUGCCCCACGCUGAUGGAGAAGCUGAAUGGAAAUUCAAGGAGAGGCAUAACAUACAACUAUGUGAUUAGCUCUCGGCUCGGAAGAAACGUCUAUAAAGAACAGUACGCCUUUCUCUACAAGGAAAAGCUGGUGACUGUGAAGAAAAACUACCUCUACCAUGACUAUGAGGCUGGAGAUGCGGACGCGUUUUCCAGGGAGCCCUACGUAGUCUGGUUCCAGUCGCCUUUCACUGCUGUCAAGGACUUCGUGAUUGUGCCCCUGCACACCAGCCCUGAAGCAUCUGUGAAAGAGAUCGAUGAGCUGGUGGACGUUUACAUGGACGUGAAACGUCGCUGGAACGCUGAGAACUUCAUUUUCAUGGGCGACUUCAAUGCCGGCUGUAGCUACGUCCCCAAGAAAGCCUGGAAAAACAUCCGCUUGAGGACCGACCCCAGAUUUGUUUGGCUGAUUGGGGACGAAGAGGACACCACGGUCAAGAAGAGCACCAGCUGUGCCUACGACAGGAUUGUGCUCCGAGGACAGGACAUCAUCAGAUCUGUGGUUCCCGAUUCAAAUGGCGUCUUUGACUUCCGGAAAGCUUACAAGCUGACAGAGGAGGAGGCCCUGGACGUCAGUGACCACUUUCCAGUUGAAUUUAAACUGCAGUCUUCAACAGCCUUCACCAACAGCAAAAAAUCUGUCCAGCCAAGGAAGAAAGCAAAGGCCAAGCGCUCCUAGAUAAAAAGGCACCACUUUAUUAACCACUUCUUGCCUCUAAAUAAACUGCUCUAACAGGUGGAAACUAUACCCUGCACCCUCGGGAGACAGGACUGGUCCAACCGCUUUCAUUGUUCAACUUGCAUUUAUCCUGACUUGAGUCACGUUGGGAGGAGGAUCUUCUGUUAUCAUGCUUGAGCCCAACCCUCCCCCAAAUUGUCCAAAAGAAAAUCGAUGGCUUUGCAGUCCCCAAGACUGGUCUUCAAGCCCAGGGCUACAGUCCUGCCCGCUCUCACUGGCCCUGCUCCUCCUGCCCUGCUAGAGGCUGCAAGAGGUGGAAGAGUGUCAGCUUUCAGCCUCUGUGUGGGGAAACUGACCCAAAGCUCCAAGGCCCCAUCUGCAUUCUGUCCCCUCCUGUCUGAGGUCAGGCCACUGUGCUGUCUCAUGGGACGAAGGCCACUCCCACCUGGUCUGCCUGCCUCGGAAUUGUCCUCCUCCAGCUCAGCCAGCCCAGUGACCACCAGUGUCAGCCUCUGAAAUUCCAUUCUGACCACAGCCCACCUCUCCUCCCUCCCUGCGCCUAGCAGUCCUCCUGGGCUCCCCUCAUUGUCCAGAAAGAGCUCUGUCUUUAGACACCAAGAUGGGUUUCCAGUAUCAGGCCUCUCAUGCCAACCUCCCUGCUGUCUGUCCCCCACCUUGUCCCAGAAGCUCCAGCAGGAGUCUCCUCCUACACAGCCAUACUCUCCCUCCCUCUGGGCCUGGACUCUACCCAACAUGCGCCGCUCUAUCCCAGAACCUGGGCUAAGAGGCCCCAGUCCCCGUGGAUGCCAGCCUCCACGACAAUGCUCACACUCGUCACCAGGCACAGCACUGGCACUUCUCAGGGGUUCUAGUGUGACAAGUUUCAUCAGCCAGUGCGAUUAAUGUGGUUUAUCUUUCUGCAACCUAAGCAUGGGGGUCCAGCAAUGUGGCACCCUUUUACCUGCGUCCAGGAUGCCCAUGUGUGCUUGCUUUGCUUUGCUCUUCCUGAUAUUGAUGCCAUGAACAUGGCUAAAUGUUCCAAAGCAUAAGCAAUGAAGAGGAGACAUGGCACCCCCAGACCCCUCCCCAGUGUCCUGUCUCAGCCCCCUCACUCCCUGCAAGCUUCUGUGGCCUUCCAGAGUCUGUGCAUGAAUGAGCACCAUAUGCAACCUCAGAAAACACAAGGUGCCGCCUAACCCACACCCACACUUCCGCUCCUCACUUCCGUCCCUUGGCAUGUCCUGUCGGGGACGCUGUGACUCAGGAUGUAAGGAGCCCGCGUGCGCGACCGUAAGCCUGCUUAUUGUCCAAUAUGACUGAGAGAGCAAAACCAAAAGGCUGAGAUUAGGGAGAGGGACUCAUCCCCAAACACCUCGGGGGUCUGGUCAGGCUGGGCGGGGCAGGGCUGGGACCUGGUUGGGGAGAGGCCUCUGGCACCCCUCUUCUGCAUGAGGGCUCGCUGAACCAGGAAACCUUCCGAUUUCCAAGGUCCACAAGGGUCAGGCAAGCAAUGCGGAAACGACCUCGCUCCAUGGAGUGAGGAUCACACUUCUGCCCCGUACACCGGGAGCUCCUCCAGCUGGCGAGGCUGCCACCAGAGCCCCUGAGAACCAAAUGGGCCCGUUCACGGCUCUGACUUGGGGGCAGACAAAUCCUGACUCCCUGAGGCUCCCUCUCCAGCCAGACCUGAAGCAGGUUACUGGAAGCACAGGCAUCUGCCAGCAGUCGUUGUCAGCCAGGCAAGAGAACACACAGCAGGGCUUGUCCUCACUGCCUACCACCUCACAAAGCUGCAAAUCUCCCAACCUGAGUCACCGGGGCAAGGAACACCUACCAGGGCAAGGAACACCAGUGGCUGGGGAGAGGUGAGUACACCCUGGUGAUAUACAACCUUUCAGCCUCGGCUUUGUCCAGAGGAUCUGAACCUUAGUGUGCACCCGAAUCCCAGGGAACCAGCCACCGCGAUGAUUCUCAGGCCCCAGGGCCCAGCAUUUUAGCAGAGCCAUCCCUCUCCCAGGUGAGCCCCAGGCAGGUGAUCUGAGAGCUAGACUCUGCCCUUCUUCAUGGAGGAGGAAGAGUCGGGAGCCAGACUCAGCACCACCUGCUGCCCAGGGAACUGCGCAGGUUCAGUGUGUCUGUGUGAAAGGGGGGAAGAGGGCACCAAUCUCAUAGGACAAGUUUCGGUGACAGGACGGACAGGAAGCACUGAGCAGGGGCCUGACCCCGGUAAGCCCUCCAUAAACAGAAACUGUGUUUUUUAUUAACAGGGCUGGCUCCAUCAGAGUGUGGGUCCCCAUACAGCCCUCGUUUCUUCAGAACGCGUUUUUCCCAUGCAGGGAAUCAUGCUAAGGUCGCAUAGCAGGUAUUCUGGCAGAUGAGCCUUGAGAACAGACAUUCCUACUUCCGACCCUUGUUAUACCCUCUUCCUGGCUGACACCCCUUUCCUGCCUUGAGCCCAGGGACCCUGCCUCUGCUGGGGGUGGCUGCUUCUCCAACUAGGCAACCUGGCUUCUAUCUCUUCCUUGGGUUGGGGAAGGCAAGUUUCAAAGCAGUUAGUUACUAAGCCAGGAAAGGGUGACAAACUGGAGGCCACAGCCCUCCUUCUUCCCAGGAGACCAGGCCCGCGACCCACGUGCGUGUGUGGGUGGAAAGCAGAGCCAGGGAGAGACUCCCAUACCUGCGUCAGCUGGCUAGUCUCCCCAGUGACGGCUUCAGCCGGAGGAUCCCAAAGGAACUAGCGACCCCAUGUCACUCACCCACAGUCACCAUGGUCCCUUACGACCCUGGCACCAGUGCCUUCAAGCUUGAGGGUUUAGAGAAGUUACUCAAAUUAAGUCAAACUAAGGGAAUUUAGAAGGACACAAGGGACAGGUGUUGGGUGUGGCGGUUAAGUCGCAGCCUGGGAAGCGUGCAUCCUACGUCUGCAGUGCCUCGCUUCCAGUCCCAGCUUUGCUCCAGUUCAGCUUCCUGCUAACGUGCACCCUGGCAAUCAGGAGGUGAUGGCUCAAGCAGAUGGGCCCCUGCACCCACGUGGGAGACCUGAACGGAGUUCCAGGCUCCUGGCUUCCACCUGGCCCAGCCUCAGUUGUUGCAGGGCAUUUGGGGAGUGAACCAAUGGAUGAAAUAUCUCUGUCUGCCUCUCCAUCUUUUUUGCUCUCUCUGCAUUUCAAAUAAAUAAACAUU